GACUACAUAUAGUUUACCCACUAUUUAUAUAUACACACACUUCCCCUUGCCUCUCAAGUAAAACUAAAAAACAUUCCUCUCUAUCCACUUAUAAUCACACCAAAACGACUAUAGAAAACUUAUAAUUCUUUAUUUUCCUAGAUAUGGAUCGACUGCCAAAAUGCGGGGCGAAUUAUGUGCCACUGACCCCCAUCACAUUCUUGAGAAGGGCAUCAAAGUGUUACGCCAACCGCACCUCCCUCAUCUACUCCGGCGUCCGCUUCACCUGGCGCCAGACCUACCUCCGCUGCCUCCGCCUCGCCUCCUCCCUCCGCCGCGCUCUCAAUGUCGCCAAGAACGACGUGGUACGUAUUCCAUCUUCGAGUUGGACCCGUUUACCAUUACUUUUAAUUUUCUUUCCUAAUAAUGUGUUUGUGUAUUUAAUUAAUUUAUAGGUUUCGGUGCUGGCCCCGAAUGUGCCCGCAAUGUACGAGAUGCACUUCGCAGUCCCGAUGGCUGGGGCGGUGUUGAACGCCGUCAACACCAGGCUGGACGCGAAGGGCAUCGCCGUCAUCCUCAAGCACUCCGAGGCCAAGGUCUUCUUCGUCGACUGCGAGUACGUGGACAAGGCAAGCAAGGCACUUGAGCUGCUGAUGGCAUCAAACACUCCAAUGCCGCUAGUGGUGGUUAUCGAUGACGUCGCCUCCCCCACUGGGACCCGGUUGGGCGAGCUCGAGUACGAACAGUUAGUGUUCCAAGGUCGCCUACCCGAUCGCGAGGAGGCCGUUGCGGUGGAUGACGAAUGGGACGCGAUCACGCUGAGCUACACGUCGGGCACCACCUCCGAGCCCAAAGGGGUCGUGUACAGUCAUAGGGGAGCCUUUCUGAGCACUUUGAGCUUGAUUUUGGGGUGGGAGAUGGGAACCCAACCCGUCUAUUUGUGGUCACUUCCCAUGUUUCAUUGCAACGGGUGGACCUUCACUUGGGGGAUCGCCGCCCGCGGCGGGACAAAUGUCUGCAUCCGCAACACCACUGCAGGAGAAAUGUACAAUGCCAUAACGGAGCACGGUGUAACCCACAUGUGUUGCGCCCCCAUCGUGUUUAACAUUCUGUUGGAGGCGCAGCCACACGAGCGCCGGGAGCUGGCUUCUCCAGUCAGCAUUCUAACCGGAGGGGCCCCGCCUCCCCCGGCGCUCUUGGAAAGGAUCGAGGCACUUGGGUUCCACGUCGUGCACGCUUACGGCCUCACCGAGGCCACCGGACCUGCCAUGGUCUGCGAGUGGCAGGGAAAGUGGAACCAGUUGCCCGUAGAAGAGCAGGCAGGCCUGAAGGCGAGACAAGGGAUCAACAUACUCACACUCGCGGACGCCGACGUGGUCCGAGAUCUCAGAACCAUGGAGAGGGUCCCGCGCGACGGGCGGAGCAUGGGCGAAAUCGUCCUCCGGGGAAGCAGCAUCAUGAAGGGCUACUUCAAGAACGAGAAGGCCAACUCCGAGGCCUUCAGAGACGGGUGGUUCGUCACCGGAGACGUUGGGGUCAUCCACCCCGACGGUUACCUGGAAAUCAAAGACCGGUCCAAAGACGUGAUCAUCUCCGGCGGGGAGAACAUCAGUAGCAUCGAAGUGGAGAACGCGAUCAUGAAGCACCCGGGCGUCUCUGAAGUCUCGGUUGUAGCCAUGCCGCACCCAAGGUGGGGCGAGAGCCCGUGCGCCUUCGUGGUCCGGAGAGCCGCUGCCAAUGCCGGUAACACGAGCGAAGCGGACAUCGUCGCACAUUGCCGGAAAACUCUUUCCGGUUACAUGUUGCCAAAGAAGGUCGAGUUCGUGAGAGAAUUGCCAAAGACAUCCACCGGGAAAGUUCAGAAACACUUGCUUAGGGAGAUGGCGAAGACGUGGGCGGAAAUUAGCAGGGGUGAUGAAUCCGCUGCAACAAGUAUUAGUAAGAGGAAACCCCACAAGGAAAAACAGCUACCAUAUGCUAAUAAUAAUAAUAAUUACCAUUAUCAACCUCAAGAGCAAAUCCUUGCUUUGUCCCGUUUAUGACUUCUAUCUACUGCUCCGUUCCACUACAUAACCAAUGCUCCGCCACCGCACUUCCACCGUCAUAUUCUCACUACCAACACGGCGCUGCCUCCAUCACCGUCACAAUACCGCCAUCACCACCGUACUGCCACUGGAUUUCCGGCUGUAUGAGGCCACCACACUGGCAGGGAUUUCACUGGAAUUUUAUUUUUUUGUAAAGAUAUCACAAGUACUCCUUCAUCAAGAGACAAUGCAAUUAGCUGGAUUUAAUAAUUUACUUAACAGCAGACUUUGGACAUAUGAAGUGUUCUUAAUAUUCUAUCUACUGCAAUUGAUUAGGCUUUGGUUUCAUUUGAAGGUUGAGAAUUGAAAUGUACUCACCGCCUUCAUCAGUGUUAACAGUUGAAGAAUUGAAUUAUGGGUAUCAUCUCGCCUUUCAUUUCUUCUUAGAUCCAUUUUUUUUUGAGAUGACCAGAUCCGAACCCGGAUCCGAAGCUUUGUAUCUCUUGAACUGGAUCUGGGAGGAUUCGCGGUUGCUUCCGUUGAAGGUAUGGAGAGAAGUGACGCAGCAAUCCUUUUAGGCUGCGCCGGCAGGUGACCACCGUGUACUCUUCUUCCAGGCUGCCUGGUUCCCGGAGGAGUCGCGUCCGAAUUCUGUAUAGAUUCACUGGGAUUGGAGUAGAGCCUCUGGAUUUUUGGCCGUGUGAGACCACAUCGGCGGAAAUUUCAACAACGGCAAUACAGUAGAGCUCCCAUG